GUUGGUUUACCUGAUAAUAAGUGAAAUUUCAUUCGCGUUUAUUAUUAAAUUAUCCUUUUGCUUUACCUGUGGCAGCUGUCAAUGUCAAAUGAUUGCACAGAGAAGUCACGGCCUACACAAUAAACAUAACCUUAACCUUUGUUGUAUAAACAUGAACGGUUUAUUUGUCGUUCUCGUUCUUAAUUAACGAAGUAAGGUAUCUUCUUGAAUGAUAUAAGUAAUUAUUCACGCUACGAGAUAAAGCUAACAAAUGCUAGAACCAUGUUUAUAAUAUUAUGUCUCUGUUUGUUAAAUCUUCGUGCAACUAACUCUAUCAACUUAAAGGACUUAAAUGUACCAGCAGAACAUCUUCCUUAUGUUUUUAAUGCAUAUCCUAACAUCGCCAAAUCGUGUGCUGAAGAUCCGCAAUGCCCCUAUAAAGCACUAGCAGAAAUGAAAGCUUGUUGGGGUUAUGAGCCCACUUGUGAAAGAAGUAAUUCAUAUCAUGUUCGACCACGAUGCCCUGGCGACCAUCGAGGUUGGGUCAAAACGAAAGAGGCGCAAUAUGAUACUUUUUUUACACAAGCGGAUUUCGGCUAUAUUAAGGAGCAAAUCAGUGAACUGAUGGUGAUGUGUGAACCAUCAUAUCCACAUGAUUCAUCCUUGGAAUGCUCAAAGUAUUUAAGGUUUUGCAGGGGUCGGAACCUGAUGCUCAAUUUCACUGGGCUGAUUGGCCGGGGGGAUAAUCUGCGUUACAAAUCUGACAUUCUUGGUCCUGGACAAAUAGGUGGUUAUUGUAAGUUCUACUCAGACAGACUGAAGAAUGAAGCGGAGCAUUUCAGCCAACUGCAGUCAUGGGCUUCCGAGCUUCAACAUUUCGUGAGAACGCCUUCCAGGCCCGUGGAUGAUGGGUUGUGUGACGUCACUAUUAAAAAACCAACAUAUAUUAUGAAACUGGACGCAACUGUCAACAUGUAUCACCACUUCUGCGACUUCUUCAAUUUAUACGCAUCACUACAUGUCAACUCCACCCACGCGUCAACUUUCUCAAGGGACAACCACAUUCUAGUUUGGGAGACAUUUACAUAUGGUUCAGCGUUUCAAGAUACAUUCAAAGCCUUCACAGUCAAUCCUAUAUGGGACUUGAAGAAAUUCAGAGGGAAGGUGGUGUGUUUUAAAAAUGUAGUGUUCCCUCUUCUGCCCAGAAUGAUUUUUGGGUUAUACUACAAUACCCCAUUGAUAUAUGGCUGUGAAAGAAGUGGAUUAUUCCACGCAUUUUCAAAACAUAUUUUACACUCAUUCAAUAUAAAGCCUCAAAUUAGGGAAAAUGAUAAAGUAAGAGUAACAUUAUUGUCCCGAGGGACUACCUAUAGAACUAUAUUAAAUGAAAAGGAAAUAAUGGAGGCAUUGCUCAAAGUGAAAGGAUAUCACGUGCAACGAGUCGUGUAUGAUAGGACUGUGCCGUUCGCUAAGCAGUUGGAAAUAACUCAUAACACAGAUGUGUUUAUUGGCAUGCACGGGGCCGGUCUUACUCACCUUCUCUUCUUACCUGACUGGGCUGCUGCUUUUGAAGUCUAUAAUUGUGAAGAUCCAAACUGUUACGCAGAUUUGGCGCGGCUGCGCGGACUUAAGUACGUCACUUGGCGGGACAAAACGAAGCUAGUUCAACAAGACCAGGGCCACGGACCAGGCGGUGGAUCGCACGCGAAGUUCACCAAUUACUCGUUCGACGUAGAGGAGUUCCUGCGGCUGGUAGAAGAAUGUGCGGCCUACGUAAGGGAGAGACAGGACUUUAAGAACUUUAUUGCAGCGUCCGCAGAAAAGAGGAUGCAUGAAGAGUUGUGAUCGGUUAUUAAAUUAGAUUAGUUUUUACUUAAAUGUAUGGAGUAGUAACUCGACAGUGAAUGAACUUAAACACUAAUAUUUAAUAAUGUGAUGUGAUAAAAAGUUACUUUCGUUAAUAGGAAAAUAGUCGAAUGAAUCUACUUCAUGUCGUACUUAGUUUUUUUAUACAUACUACACGUUGUUUUUUUUUGACCCGGCAUCAAAAAAUAGGGUUAUUAUGAGGACCAUCAUCGAUCGUCUAAUUUGGUAUUAAGGUAAGGUAAUAAUCCAUUUUAUUAUUAAGAGUUACCGAAGACACAAACAAACUCAGCUUUAGAUGUCUAUUUUUAUGUAUAUUUCGUAAAUGUUUUUAUUUUAUUUUAUAUGUGGGCACUGAUAAUAAUAACAUACUACAGACGCGAUCAAAUUGAGAUAGGUUCAUUUAUUCUAUAUCUGAUUUAUUUCACUAAUAUCCCAGGUCUGAAUUGAGUUGUGUCUGUGGGGGCUCUUUUUUGGAAAGCGCCCUUUUUUACUUACCUACUACCUACAUAGGUAUUUACUGUACAUAAAGUUUAAAUUAAACAUAAGAGUGCAUUUUUGCACUCUAUUUUUAUAAUACGACUGUGCAUCCAUCCAGAAAACGCGUAUUUAUUGUUAGUACUUACUUAUUUUGUACCUAUUGUUUUAGUUAGGUACAUAUGUUUUUCUCGUUAGAAUUAAGGUAAUGAAAUAACGGGGUAUACUUUUAUAACCAGUAAUCAGAGUUGGCAGAAUAUUCUUCUAUACAUUAUGUUAAGUCACAGUAGUUGUGAAAUUGUAUUUAAAUACAAAAAAACGGCAAGAUUAAAUAUGUUUUUGUUUUUUCAAUUAUUUUGAAAUCAGCAAAAUAAUAAAUAAAUAUUCGGGGACAAUCUUACACAGAUCGACCUAGACCCAAACUAAGCAAAGUUUGUACUAUGGGUACAAGGCGACGAUGUACAUAUAUAUAUACAUAGAAAACACCCUCUCACUCACGAACAAAUAUUUGUGUUCAUCACACAAAUAAAUGCCCUUACCAGGAUUCGAACCCGGGACCACACCUUCAUAGGCAGGGUCACUACAUAAAGGGCCAGACCGAUCGUCAAAUAUAAUUAAUUAGAGAUGGAUUAAUUGUAACGUCCCGCUUCAAUUCUCAUACUAACAAUUCACACUUGAUUUGACUGGGAGGUAGUAGAGAGCCUACAAAGUGUAAGGGCCUAAGUGGACGCUCGAAGCGGAGUGUUCGGCGGGGCGUGCAGCGUGGCGGCGUGGUGGUGGACUCACAAGUGAUUUGAGCACUGGACUGGACGUCGAUCUCGAUACCUCCCUCGCGGGAGGUAUGAGUGGCCGCUUCCGCCUUUCGGCUGUCGCGGCUCGCUCCCCACCGACCGGUGGAGAGGUCUAUUGGCCGUCAUUU